AAGCUGUAUCAGUGGAGUGCUCUCAUAAGCGCCGAGGACUGCAACUGUGGGUAUUGGGAUAGACACGGAAAACCUUUUUACGAGUUUCACUGUGGAUGGAGUCUGUGAUCAAUUUACUACCAGCCCUACUACCCUUCAGAUAAUCAGCAAGAGCUUCAUGUUUUUUGCUGCUGUAGGUUCUGUGAGAGUGCUGAACCUUGAGCGGGUGCAGGCGCUGGAAACCUGGCUGAAAUCAACCAAUAUAAAACUUACUCAAGUAAAUGGCCAGAGGAGGUAUGGAGGACCACCCGAGGUGUGGGAUGGCCCCAACCCAGGAGCCCGCUGUGAGGUCUUCAUCAGCCAGCUCCCACGGGACGCCUAUGAGGACCUGCUGAUCCCCCUGUUCAGCUCUGUGGGCCCACUCUGGGAGUUUAGGCUCAUGAUGAACUUCAGCGGGCAGAACCGCGGUUUUGCGUACGCCAAGUACAGCUCGUCAGGUGUAGCUGCUGAUGCAAUACGCCAGCUGCACGGCCACAUGCUGGAGCCCGGCUUUCGCCUAAGCGUCCGCCGCAGUAUAGAGAAGAGACACCUCCAGAUCGAAAACCUGCCGGCCACCACCAGGCAAGAGGACCUACUGCAGGUAGUGCGUGUGCUGGCAGAGGGGGUGGAGAGAGUGUCUCUGAAGGCCAGGUCUGGUAUAGAGGGUGCGUCAGCUAUAGUAGCCUUCUCAUCCCAUCACGCUGCUUCUAUGGCCAAGAAGAGCUUGGUGGAAGCGUUCAAGAAGCAGUUUGCGCUGACUGUCUCCAUCAAGUGGCAAUCAACAGUGAAGCCGAGCCCGGUCGGGUCACUGCCUCCACAGAAACCUUCGGAGAGCCUCCUGGCGUCACAUCUGAAGCUGCCACACCACAUCCUGAAUUCUCCGCAGCCGUCAGUCGUGCCUCCUCAUCUGGCCCGCCGUCCAUCCACCCCCCCAGGUUUCUGCAGAGCAGUGGGAGGAUCCAGUGCUCCCCCACACUCUCACCCUCCCUGCUCCUUCACCUUCUCUCCUUCCUCCCAGGGGCAUCAAUUGUCUGCAACAUCCCCAAAGAUGCUCCUGCAUAAGGUGUGUGAGGAGACUGGGGUUGACCAGCUGCUUUAUAGUAGGCCUCCACCUACUAUGACUGGAUUACUGUGAUACUGAUUCUGAAUGAAGUUCUGCAGCUAAGUGGAUUUCAGAGAUAAUGAUAUUCACACUGAAUGAUAUCAACAUGUGUUUCAUGGUUCAGAUCCGACUGAGUUAUGACUCUGUGAAGGAGGACAAUUUUUGACGCUAAUUGUAGCAGUCAAAAUAAUUGGUGUUUUACUACUUAGUAUCUUAAGUAUCUUAUUCUCCUCCACCAGCUGUGCUUUCAUGCACAGGCUCAUUUUUUUGCUCACAUUUUGUUCUGCGACAUAAUUUAAACCUGUUCAGAUCUCAGCUGUUACUUUUGAAGCUGUACGUUACAUUUUCUAAUUAAAUAAAUGAU